AUGGCCACUUCAGAUGUGAAAGGACUAGGCUACUACAUGUUCGAGAAGUCGCUCAUUCAGGCCAUCACCAACCUCAAUCAAAUCUCCUCUCUUAUGAGAACCACGGAGGACCCUGCCGCCAAAAGAUGCCUCUCCGCUUGUGAUGUGGAGUACACGGAUAUAAUAGAUAAUCUUCAUCUAGCCGUGGUACAGUUGAACUCCAAUGCUUUCACAAAGUCAGUGUCGACUGGAAAUGCAGCCAUCCUUACAUAUUGGAAUUGUGAACGCUCUUUCGGCAAUGAAUUGACCAAGCCACGAUCUCCCAUAACCAAAAUUAAUCAUGAUUUCUUUCAGCUUGUCACAAUAGCCAUUAACAUUGUGCAAACCCUAGAAUAA